AUGGAAUCGGAAACCCAGCACUCCCCGCAGCUUCCUCAAGAAAACCCAGCGGGAGGAGCAGCUGCCCCAACCCCACUCCAUGUUAACGAUCACCACGCCAUUGUCGACACUUCCCGACAAUUCAACUCCGUCAAAGAAGCCGUCGCCAUCCUCGGCGAGCGGCUUCUUCUCAGAGAAAUGUUUUCAUCCCCUAAACCGCCAUGCACCAAUAAUAUUGUCCAAAGCAGACCUACUACUCCUCCGUCACGGAACUUGUCGCCGCCGAAUUAUGAAGAAAGCGAAGAAGUAAAAAAUAGUAGUGAUGGUGAUCGCGAGGAGAAAGUAGCAGUUAUGGACACUCUAAAGAAGCUUGAGGCGGAGCUGGAGGAAACGAAGGUGGAGCUGAAGAUGCUGAAGGAGAGAGAGUCGGAAACCGAGGUCGCGUUGGCGUCGCUGAACGCGGAGCUUCACAAGAACAUGUCCAAGUUGGCUCGAGCAGAGGCAGCUGCGGCGGCAAAGGCGAGCAACGUGCUGCAAGUGGCUACAACUACAAGAUCAUCACCAAAUCUGAGAGAGAAUGUUGAAGAGAGGAACAAGAGGGAGUGGAUGAUAAGGAUGGAGGACUCUACGUCUUUGGCUCAAAUAUUGAACAUUGGAACUACUAAGAAACAAGGAGGAGCCUGCUACGACCCUGUCGGAGCCGGCUACGACCACCUCGGAGAGAAAAGAGAGAAGAAACCAAUGAAGAAGAAGCCUAUUGUCCCUCUGGUGCAGGAUUUACUUUGCUGGAGAAAAGGGUCGUCCACUGCUUUUCGCAACCCUCUUUAUUCGUCUCCGCAAUUGUACUACUAA